AUGGCAACCUUCAUCCCAUCUCGAUUCUCAAUUGGUGCUGCUCUCUCCUCGCUGGGCAUCUCUCUCCCCGCUGGAGACGUUCUUCUCGGAAAUGCCGAUUACACCUGUAGCCUCUUGAAUCGUGUCUUUUCCAAGAACGAGACCUUCACUAUGACCUCGCCUUACUAUAGUGUUUUUAUCGACGAAGCCUGGUCACAGAACUGUCGGUUAAAUGCAUCCUGCGUUGUGACGCCAAAAUCCGCUCAAGAGGUCUCACGUCUAUUACAGAUCCUCGGCAUUCUAGAGACGAAGUUCGCUAUUCGCUCUGGUGGGCACAACAUCAACCCAGGAUUUAGUUCGAUCGGUCGCCAUGGAGUGUUGGUCGCUCUGGAGAAAUUGAACACUAUUUUCCUAAGCGCCGAUCGCGGAACUGUGACUGUGGGGCCUGGGAAUAGAUGGGGUGCUGUAUAUAAGUACCUCCAGCCGUAUAAUGUCACCGUCUUGGGUGGUCGUGAAGUGGAUGUAGGCGUUGGCGGGUACAUUCUCGGUGGGGGCCUCAGCACCUUCUACAAUACCCACGGAUUGGCUCUUGACAGCGUCACCCGAUUCCAGGUGGUGCUUCCCAAUGGAAAAAUUGUCGACGCCACCCAAACUGAGUAUGCCGAUCUAUACAAAGGACUGAAGGGAGGUCUGAACAACUUCGGCAUCGUGACUGAGUAUGAUCUCACCACCAACACCGGCAUCGAUGUCUACUAUGAGUUAAGCACCUACACCGUUGCCAACACCCCCGCCGUACUUGAGGCCUAUGCAAAAUAUCUUUUGGAUGGCGAUAUCAACAGCAAUGUGGAGAUCCAGAUCAAUCCCACCUACACUUUGGUUUUUUACGGGUAUCUUGGCCAUGUAACUACACCCGCAACCUUUGAUCCAUUCUCUGGCAUCCCUGUGGCCUCGGCAUUAUACCCACCAACAAACGGCUCGCUCAGUGAGCUUCUCCUCAUGAUUGGCUCUACCGGGCUGACUUCCAAGGGCGUAUCCUACGGCGGUACAUUCACGUUUAAGGUAACAGGGCCGAAAUUCCUGCAAGAUACCUUUUCGGCCUAUCUCGAGGCCGCUGCCUCUCUGCCCCCCGGUGCGGGACUUUCUUACGUACCUCAAGGUAUCAUGCCAAAUCUAGUAACUCGAGGCAAUCUGCAGAACGGAGGUAAUCUGCUCGGUCUCGAGGCGACGACGCAAAUGUGGGUGAACAUGUUCGCUCAAUUUCCAGACGAACUCAGCCAAUCGGUGAUAAUGGGUACCGUAGACUCAGUGUUGGCCAAUCUCACCUCCAGCGCCAAGUCGCAGGGUCUUUUCCUCCCCUACAUCUUCGUCAACGAUGGGGGUCCCAACCAGAAGCCGCUGACGUCUUUUGGGGAGAAGAAUAUCAAGGAUAUCGACGCAGUGGCGAAAAAGUAUGACCCCAAAGGUAUCAUGCAGAAAUUGCAGAAUCUGGCAUAUCUUGUUGCGAAGGAGUUGUAA